AUGUUUUUAAGAAAGUCUUUUUAAUACUUAAGUAAUUAGGUUGCUCGAUCUAAAUUGGGUUAACUAUAAUAUCAAGGAAUCAUGAUGAAAGUACCUUAAGAAAUGCAAAAAGAAGAAAAUUUUGAAGAAGAUAGAUUAGUGAAAGCAUUUUUCACAAAAAAUCAUGAUUAAAUUAAAGUAUAUGGGCAUUCUCAGAAAUAAUUGAAUGAAAAAAGUAGUUCACCUAGAAACUCUUGGUAUAAGGUGGUUUUACCAUUUAAAAGUAAUCCUGAACUGAGUUUUAAAUUUAGAAGAUUUUACACUAAUCAAGUAAGAAUUGGUCGUUUGUUGGAAUUGAUGGAUUAUAUAGCAUCUACAGUUUCCUAUAAUUAUAUUUUACCAAGUAGUGGUGCCACAAUGGUAACUGCAAUGGUAGAUAAUAUAAAUUUUUUUGGAAAGAUAUCAGCAGAUUAAGAUCUUGAAAUUUAAGGAUAUGUAACUUAUGUUGGUAAUUCAUCAAUUGAAGUGUAUAUUGAUGUAAUGUAAGAGGGAGUAGUAAAUGUUUCAGCAAAUUUUCUAAUGGUAGCAAGAGAUGGCAAAGAUCAUUCAAAAGCCUACAAAGUUCCUACAAUGGAUUUGGAUGGAGAAAGAGAUAAGGAAACAGCAGAACUUAGAAGUUAUUUAGGAAAACAUAGGCAAGAAAAAAGAAAAUAAUAAAAAGAUAGAGGUCUUGAUAGAAAAGCUCCAAGUUAAGAAGAAAUAAAUGAGUUACAUAAAUUUUUUAUGAAUCCUCCAUCUGAUAUUACUAUAGAUGAAACUCAAAUUGAGAAGACACUUUUGAUGCAUAUUUAAGACAAAAAUCUUCAUGGCAAAGUAUUUGGAGGGUUUGUUAUGAGAGAAGCCUUUGAACUUGGUUGGUUAAAUGCAUAUCUUCAUGUCAAAGGAUAAGCAUUCCCAUAAAUUAUACAUAUUGAUGACAUACAAUUUCUUGCCCCUGUUGAUAUUGGUAGUGCCUUAUAAGUUUAAAGCAGAAUUACAGCUGUUAAAGAUACGAUUAUGCAUAUUGAGGUUAAUUGUUAUAAAAUAAGUCCAAACUAAUAAAAAAUAAGAUCUAAUGAUCUUCAUUUGACUUUAAAUGUUCCAGGCAUCUUGAUACCUUAAGUUCAACCUAAAACAUACAAUGAAGGUAUGUAAUGGCUUAAUGCUUGUCGUCGUAUGCAUUAUACUAUUUGAACAGAUAUAUUUUGCAUGUUUAUUCUUAUA